AGCAACGCUAUAUAUGCACGCAUUGAACCUUACUCGCCCAUUCGCUCUCGUCCUCGCAAUCGUCUGUCUCGCGAUCGCGGCGCCCUCCUCGGACGUUCACGCAGAACCAGGUUCUGCCGCUGUCGUUCACGCCGUGGGCAAUGUCCCCGAUAGUGCUCUUAUCGAGGACGCAGUCGCGACCCAUUUGCCCGCAGCCACCUCGCCCACCGACAAAACAGCUGGUUUGACGCUGAAGCCCGACUCUUCGGAAUGCCGUCAUCCAGGCGAAUUUUGCAUGGCCGAUGAAGAUUGUUGUUCAGGACUCCGCUGUGCAAUCUUUAGGCCCCCUUUGUCCGAGUCCACCCUUCAAUUUCAAACCCACCCACCUGAACAACUCAUCACCACGCUCUCGUUCAACGGUUCAAUUUGGCCUCAUGAACCCCCUAGGAUCUCGGUUAACGCUUGUAACUUGCUUGUAACGGCGAGGAACAUACGCCCCACCUGCAAGGAAAAUCCUUUCAUAUUGAUGGACACUUGGCCUAACUCCGGCAUCAAGAUCUCAAAUGUGGAAGCCUCGAACGGUGAGAGAAAAGUACCCGACAUACAAUUUCAAAUUUCACACCCCAAGGCGCGUGCGCCCACCUCCGAUGCCCUUACACCCAUCCAAACCACCCACGGAAUGCCUUCGCCCACUCCACAAUCACUCACGCCGUUUAAGUUCACCGUCAACUUGUUCUCAGUCUCUAUGGUGCCUCGACAACACCUUCCGGACGAGGGACUAUUUGGAGAUGAGGAGCUUGGUGGAUAUGGUGUCGACGUAGAAGGGGGGGCAGUGUGGUUGAAAGAGCGGACGGAGAGAGUGAAGACCUGUCAUACAAACAAUUGGACGACACGCACGCGCCUCCAACCCUUCCUACCUUCCUCCUGGACCAGACUUCUGCGCCGUCGGUCUUAUAGACGCCCUUUAGGCUUCCCCAAGCUGUACAAUCCGUUCGAUGCGGAGUGUACCUACGCAAACGCAAGCUCUUUCACUCAAUCCAAAGACUAUACGCUUGCGCGGUGGCUGGCACACCCCACGCUGAACUUUCAUUCGCAACACCAAACGACCCCUUUCUCAGAGAUGUAUUCAUCGAGGAAUCUGGCGCUAGGAGAUGCGACUUCGGUGUACAGGGAUCAAGGGAUGGCGAGCAUCAUGGGCAUCCAUUGCAAUCCCUUGUUCGUUUACCGCCAGCUCGACGAUUCGCGAAGGUCUUAUGACUCAGGUAAGGGUGUACUUCUCAACGGAUUCGUUCAUCCUUUACUCACCUUAGCCUGCUUCUCGUAG